AUGGCGGCACACGACUUCCCUCUCAUGGUCUCCCCUGAUAGAGGCUUGUCAUGGCGAGCUUCAGGAGGAUGCAGAAGCAGAAGCGGCUGCUGCUGCAGCACCUGCCUAACCCCAGGCAGCUGCGGCGGCAACUACAGCAACGUGCCCACCAGUAUCUGGGUCUGUAGUUUCCGCGACAGAAGGGCGAAUAUCAGGGGCGUUGAGGAUGCCGGCAUAUCUGUAGGAGGCGAUCAGCAGCCUUAUGACUCUUCCGUAGCAAUACCACCAGAAUCUGCUGCUGCUGCGGUUGCACUUCCUUCUACUACGGCGGCUCUUGCUGCUGUUAGACAUCAAGCUACACCAUCGACGCAACUCCGGCUAGGCACAAUGCGCAAUUCUCUCACCCGUGAAGUUGGGGACAUCUGCGACAGCUGCGUUCCGUCCGGAGCGGUAGCCUGGGAAGCUGCAAACGCUGCUGCAGCACCCCCUGCAGCUGAAGCAGCCUCGGCCACAAAAGCAGCAACAAUCGAGAACGCAGCACUGCGGGCCUCCAGAGGAGGGGGAGCAGGAGUAAAAGCAACAAGAGAUGUUCCCGUGGGGCCGUUGCCCGCUCUGCGGUACAUGCACUGCAACAACUACCACGCUAGAACCCCAAUCCGCUACAGCAGCAACAUGUUUAACAGCAGAAAUUGUGGCAGCAGCAGGAAUUACGGCAGUGGCAUUUCCUGCUCUACCCGAAACAUUGACAACGACAGCAACUGCGCCGGCGGCAGCAGCUGUUGCAGCAGUGGCAGCCGUAGCUGUUCCGCUACUGUGCACCGGCUGCCGGUCAGUAGAAGCACGUAUGCCGCUUGCAGCAGUAAUCCUGUUGCUGCUUCUGCGGCUUCUGCUGCAACAAGCCGUGAGCAGAAACUAGGCCUGCAUGGCUUGAAAAAACAAUCGGACGGGCGGGAGCAGCAGCUGCUGCAACAGCAACAGUUCCAGAAGCUCGAGGAUGAAGAGCCCAAGAUGUUGCAAAUUAUGCGCACCCAUGCCUUUCUGCACCUUACCAGCGGAGCCGUGGCAGGUGCUGUCUCGCGCACCGCCACUGCUCCGCUGGACCGCGUGAAGGUCAUGCUGCAGUUGCAGCCUUUUUCGGUACCGCUGAGGCAAGCAGUGAGAGUUAUCAUGCAACAGGAGCUGUCGGGCAACGCCGCUGCGGCAGCGGCUGUUCCUACUGCUGCUGUAGCUGCUGGUGUAUCAAGCAGCACCACUAAUGCAGGGAACUUGACAAAUUGUUUAAAAGUUGUACCGGAGACGGCCGUCAAGUUCUACAGCUACGACAUCUGCAAGCAUGCGUUAGCCCACAGAAAACAGCAGCAGCAACAACAGCAGUCACAGCAAGAGCACCAAACGGAGCCAGAGGUUCACUUGCAGCUUUUGGACAGAUUCCUUUGUGGAGCAACGGCGGGUCUGUGUGCGCAGCUCCUCAUUUACCCAAUGGAGCUCGUGAAGACCCGCUUGGCAGCUUAUGGCCCGGGGUGUAUGUACACCGGCGUGCUGCAGUGUUUUAAAGCGAUCUACAAAGAGGGUGGCUUUAGGCGGCUCUACAGGGGUGUGGGGCCAUCUUUGCUGGGCAUCAUUCCGUAUGCAGGAAUUGACUUGGCCGUCUUCGAGACCUUAAAGGAAGCCUAUGUGAAAGGAGUGAUUAUUCCUAAACAGCAGCAGCAGGUAGAGCAGCAGCAGCUGCUGCUGCGCGCAACAUGCAGCAACUGUAGCCCCGAGACCUCCCCCCCUGGUAUGGUCUCCUUUGCGCCUGGUACAGCAGCUGCUGCAGGAACAGCUGCACCCGCAUCGGGGGUGUCGCGAGUCCGCUGUCGCUGCGAUGAGAGCAGCAGCACCAACAGUGGACUGCCUCCCGCAUCGCCUCCAGCUGCGGUGCUGCUGUUGAUGGGCGGCUGCAGCAGCCUCAUUGGGCAGGUCCUGGCAUACCCAACAGCGCUGGUGAGGACGCGCAUGCAGGUGGACGGGAGCGGUGGUAAGCCGUUGCUGUACCGCAGUAGCGCAGCAGCGGCGGCGGCAGCCGUCCGCCAAGGGGGGUUCCGGGGCCUCUACAGAGGACUUCAGGCAAACUGUUGCAAGGCCCUCCCGGCUGUCUCGCUUUCUUGGAUUGUCUAUGAGAAGAUGAAAUACGCUAUAAGCAACUUUGAGAGGGACUGGACACAAAGGGUGGAGCAGCAGCGACUCGCCGCACGCAACAGACCUUGA